UGGUACUACCGUAGUAACUACGUGGUCGCAAUAGUACAAAAAUGUAAACAUGCACAGAUAAUUUUGGUUCGAUUUCUUCCAAUUAGUGUACAAUUAGCUAAUUAUUUAGUUUAAUUGAAACUAAAACAAUAUAAUAAAGCAUAUUCAUACCUAUAUUUAGCUCUCUAUGGUUAAAGUUUCAACAAAAUUAUUUUUUUGUGACCGGAGUGAACAUAGGCAGAAGCGUCGUCAAGCGCAGAAUUUUAAGUCCGUAAUGGCGGACGCUAAUAAUUUUGGAAGUUUCGUGAUUCUAUUGUUCUGUUUUAAAGUAUUUUACUAGGUUGUGGGUUUGGGAAUGAGUUUUGUCAUAAGUGAACGUAUACGGAGUGUUUAUAACGUGAUAGUGAUAUGAAAUGUUCAGUUAUAGCGUGACAAAAGCGCCUUCUAGAUAUGUAACCUUUUCCCUAACCUCGUUUACGCCAAUGGAGUAGAUAUGUGAUCGAUGUGUGUGCGUCGGUGAACGAUAUUUCGUCCGUUUCGCGUUACAAUUUGUGUAUAGUUAAUCUUCUUGUUAGUGAUGGAAGUGUCCGCGUCGCGGUUUUGCAAUCCGACGCCCGAUUCCGAUGUAACGUAAGCGAGCCGGUCGAUCGCCAGAGCGAGUGUAAGCAGGGACGGCCGUUGCCAGCCGAACAUGGCUGCGACGCAGGCAGAGUCUCAGCGUAGCGAAGCGAACGUUGAGCAGAAUCCAUCGGAGCAGCUCAGUGAAUCUCGGAACGCUUUGUUGCAAAACGGCACCGACAAGUCCGUCGGGCGCGUUCCGCCCGAUGGCGUCGUGAACACAAAGAGCAAAUCGCCGAUGUCGGCCGAAUCGGGACAGCCACGCGACAGUGGCGAGGCGCCCGGUCACGACCGAGGCUUAGAUAGGCCACUGACGGACCAAUACGGCCAGUAUAGAUACCCAGAAGGCGCGGAUCCUUAUUACGCGCCACGGCCGGGUUUUCCCGGCAAACCGCGGCCUCCGCCGCAGCAGCCGCGCUUCUUCCCCGGACAGGCGGUGUCGCAGGCACCUGGCCCAACGCCCACGCUGAAUUCGUUAUUGCAAUCGAGCGGGGCGCCGCCACACCGCUACCCCAAUAGCUAUGAGCAGCCGCCGGCGGGCUACGGCCCAGCUCCCGGCUGGCCGCAGCAUAGGCCAAUGCCGCCUUAUAACCCUCAAGGAAGCCCAUAUAGAAAUUCUACGCCGCCUCGGGGCUACGGUGGGCCCCCAUACGCGGGUGCCCCGGGCGGUCCUCAACAGCCCCCGGGCGCGUAUGGCCCGCCUGGAUCGUACCCUCAACGGUACCCGCCACCAGGUCCUCCAGGCGCGCCCAACUCACGACCGCCUUUCUCGCCACACCAGGGCUAUGAGCGAGGCGGUUCUCCUCAGCCACCGACGCAGCCGCCGGGAGCUCCAAGCCCCGGCGCAGGCCAAAGUGCGCCUGGUGCUAUGUCUCCGACCCAGGACUCACAACAUCCGCCCCAUAUGCCGCCGCAUGGGGCGCAACCACCGCCGCAUCAGGGUUACCCGCCACCACCCAGGCCAGCACAGCCGUCCACGCCAAACGCACAUGAUCCAGACUCUGAUCUGACCGGUCAGAACAGCAAUGACUCGGGCGGCAGCGGCGGCGCGGGGCGCGCUACUACGCCGCACCUGAGGCCGACGCCCAGCCCAACAGGCUCCAGUGGCUCUCGCUCCAUGUCACCGGCUGUUGGCACGCAGAACGUAGCGAUGCCGCCGCGAACGUCGUCGUCGCUGUCAGACGGCAGCGGGCCGACGGCGCGACCGGGGCCCGGCGGCCAACCAGGGGCGCCAACGCCCGGCGGCGGCCCGCCUCCCGGCGCCAUGGUGGCACAGCCCUAUGCGCACCAUCCCGGCUACAAGCCGCCGCACUACCCGCCGCCGCAGCCCUACGGCUACCCGCCGAGAAACCACCACCCCUACCCGUAUGGAUACCGCCCGCCGCCGCCACCGCAUCCGCCGCAACACUACCCGCCUCUAAAGCAGCAACCGCGGCAUAUGGGUCCACCGGGACCUGGUGGCCCAAUUGGUCCGGGCGGGCCAGGGGCUCCGGAAGGCGCUAUGCCCCCGCCCACGGCGCCAGCAGAACCGCACGAUAACGGGCCUGCCGCGCCCGCCACAGCGCUCGUAACUACAGGUCCGGACGGUGCACCAUUAGAUGAAGGCAGCCAGCAAAGCACGUUAAGCAAUGCGUCCGCAGCAUCAGGAGAAGAAGCGUGCGGCGGGUCGGGCUCUAGUAAGGGCGGGUCCCGCAAGGAGUACGGCGCGGGCAGCGCGGCGCCGUCACCCUCGCCCGGCGGCGGCAGCCACUCCUCGCUACACGACGACUACGACGCCUCGCCGUCCUCGUGGCCACGCCCGCCCUCUAGUCCCGUAUUUAACAGUCACAUUGCGCCGGAGUCCUACAGAUCAAAGGCUGAAAAUUCAAGGCGACGAAUAGGAGAGUCUUCGUCAGGCCCGAAGUCGGACUCGCUGGGCAAGCUGUACGACAUGGACGACGCGCCCGAGCGGCGCGGCUGGGUGGAGCGCCUGCUGGCCUUCAUGGACGAGCGCCGCACGCCCAUCGCCGCCUGCCCCACCAUCUCCAAGCAGCCGCUCGACCUCUACCGCCUCUACCUGCUCGUGCGCGAACGUGGCGGCUUCGUCGAGGUGACGAAGAAUAAGACGUGGAAGGACAUCGCGGGGUUGCUGGGCAUCGGCGCGUCUUCCUCAGCUGCGUAUACGCUUCGUAAACAUUAUACGAAGAAUCUGCUCGCGUAUGAGUGUCACUUCGACCGCGGCGGCAUCGACCCGCAGCCAAUUAUCAACCAAGUCGAAGCCUCUACUAAGAAAAAGAGUGGCAAGUCCAACAGUACUUCGAGUACAGCAGGGUCGUCAAAUUCACAAGAGUCAUUCCCGAGCGGCGGCGGGUCCGGGGGAGGCGCUCCCAUGGACGGCUACGGCGGACAGUAUGCCGGCUACCCGCCGCAGCCGAACCAUUCGCAAGGCGGCGGGCCGGGCGGCGACAACCUAGCCGCCUCCAACCCGUUCGACGAGCCGCCGGGGCCCAGGAGACCCCCAGGUUACCAACAAGGUUACGGGUAUGAAUACGGAUCUCCUUACCAGCCGAACAGGCCUGUUUACCCUCCCUACGGUCCCGAUGGUGACAGAGGGUACCGCGGGCAGUCAGUGGGCGGCGCGGCGGGCGGCGGCGGCGCGGGCGGCGAGUACCAACAGUACGGCUACGGCGCGGCCUACCGCGGCGCAGCGCCCGGCGCCGCCACGCCGCCGCCCGCGCAGCCCUACCCCGACUACUACCGCGCGCCGCACCCGCACCCGCACCCGCACCCGCAGCACCCGCCGCACCCGCCCAUCUCGCCGCAGCAGCCGCCUAUCGAGAUGUCGGGCGGCGCGGCCGUCAGUAACUUAUUGAACUCGCAGCUCGCGCGCCAACUGGUGGCGCCGCUGUCGCCGACGCCCAGGCCCUACUAUGGCGGCGGGAAGGCGCUAGGUGCGGGCGCACCCCCAGCUGCUGGGGCUCCCCGCAGACACCCCGACUUCGCGAAAGGCGAACCCGCGUACGGCGGCGCGGGCGUCGGCGGACCCGCGGGAGGAGCGGGCGCGGCGCCUGCGGGAAGUCCGGGGGCGGCCGCGGCCGGGGCCAGGUUCGGCGGCGCCUGGGGGAACUCCUUCCCUCGCGCGCCGGCGCCCCCCGCCCCCGCGGCACCCUGGCGCCCGCAGCCCGGAGCGCCGCAGCCACCUAACUGGACGCAUCCGCCCUAUUCCAAUACGCCGAGUGGAGGCCCCGCGUGGGGAGGCGCGCCGCGGCCGCCUACGCAAGACCCCUACAACUCCACCGCGCCCUCACCUGGCUCUGCGCCAGCUAUGACAGCUCCCGGACAAUUAAAGCGGGAGUUAACAUUCCCUGCCGAGUGCGUGGAGGCGGCUGUCCCGACCGGGGAGAAGCGAAGAAGACUUACCAAGGCUGAUGUCGCGCCCGUAGACGCGUGGCGCAUCAUGAUGGCGCUCAAGUCCGGCUUGUUGGCCGAAACGUGUUGGGCGCUGGAUAUUCUUAAUAUUCUCCUGUUUGACGACAAUUGCAUAGGAUACUUUGGCCUACAGCAUAUGCCCGGCCUGCUUGACUUAUUACUUGAACACUUCCAUAAGAGUCUUAGCGACGUAUUCGAUUCGCCGUCGAAUGACGAGGGACCCUGGUACGCACCUCCCUCCAGUCCCGAGCCUGUGAUCAAGAGUGCGAAAACCACGAGAGAACCGCGGGAGCCGCCCGACCCGAGCGACCGAGUACGCCUGCUCAACGGAGAGAACUACACGAUGGAGUCGCGGCGGCGGCACCCCGUCGUGUACAAGCCCGACGACGAGCUGUUCGCGCCCGACGACGACGCCAGCCCCGAGACCGAGGACCACGACGUGCUCGAGCCCUGGCAGCUGGGCGGCGACAGCGGCGGCGCCGCGCACGUGCUGCCCGUGUUCCGCGCGGAGUUCCUGCACCUGCCCUUCGUGCGCGUCAUGCCGGGCCAGCGGGCGCCCUCGCCGCCCGCGCCCGCGCCCGCCUCCCCCGCCGCCUCGCCCGCCGGCGACAACCUGGCGCCCGAGCCCAUGGACCUGGAGCCGCCGCGCCGUGCGCUGGCCGUGCGCGACCCCGCCGGCGUGCUGCGCCGCCGCCGCCUGGCCGACUACGAGGACGAGUGCUACACGCGCGACGAGCCCAGCCUCAACCUCGUGGACGACACGCGCGACGCGCUCGCGCGCCGCUGCAUCGCGCUCUCCAACAUCCUGCGCGGCCUUACCUUCGUGCCCGGCAACGAGGCCGAGUUUUCACGCUCCGGCGCCUUUCUCGCGCUCGCCGGCAAGCUGCUGCUGCUGCACCACGAGCACGCGCCCCGGGCUGCCCGCGCCCGCGCCUACGAGCGCGCCGCCCGCGACGACGCCGACGCCGCCGCCUGCUGCUCCAGCCUGCGCGGCGGCGCCGAGUGGUGGUGGGACGCGCUGGCACAGCUGCGCGAGGACGCGCUUGUGUGCUGCGCUAAUAUUGCGGGCGGCGUGGAGCUGGCCGGCCAGCCCGAGGCCGUGGCGCGGCCGCUCCUAGACGGGCUAUUACAUUGGUCAGUGUGCCCGGCCGCGGUGGCCGGGGAUGCGCCGCCGGCGGCGGGCGCGGCGUCGCCACUGUCGCCGCGGCGGCUGGCGCUGGAGGCGCUGUGCAAGCUGUGCGUGACGGACGCCAACGUGGACCUGGUGCUGGCGACGCCGCCGCGCGGGCGCAUCGCGGCGCUGUGCGCGGGGCUGGCGCGGGACCUGUGCCGGCCGGAGCGGCCGGUGGUGCGCGAGUUCGCCGUGAACCUGCUGCACUACCUGGCGGGCGCGGGCGGCGCGGCGGCGCGGGAGGUGGCGCUGCACGCGCCGGCCGUGGCGCAGCUGGUGGCGUUCAUCGAGCGCGCGGAGCAGACGGCGCUGGGCGUGGCCAACCAGCACGGCGUGGCGGCGCUGCGCGACAACCCCGACGCCAUGGGCACGUCGCUGGACAUGCUGCGCCGCGCCGCCGCCACGCUGCUGCGCCUGGCCGAGCACCCCGAGAACCGGCCGCUCAUCCGCCGGCACGAGCGGCGCCUGCUGUCGCUGGUCAUGUCGCAGAUCCUGGACCAGAAGGUGGCGCACGAGCUGGCCGACGUGCUGUUCCAGUGCAGCCAGGGCCGCGCCGAGCCCGAGGACUAGUGCGCGGACGCUGUACCCGUGGGUACGUGUACAUAUAGUGAUACGGACUACUGUGACUGUGACGCGACUCCGACCUCAGUAUAGCGGUGUCUCAAGUGUUAGGCUGUACGAUCCGAUUUUGUUAUUUAUGUCCAUGAUGAUUUAUUUACAACAAGAAUGUCAAUGUGCUAUAAUCGAUUUCUAUUGUUCGAUUGUGAAAAGAUGUAUUAUAACACGUAAUUUUGAUUUUUAUAAUAAAAUGGGACUUGAAUCUG